GUGGGGCGCUUGGACGUGGAGAGAUGCGCGGGCGUCGGCGCGAGGUCGUCGCAGGUCGUGGACGACGGCUCCGCGCAGGUAUCGGAAGGUCAGGCGCAGCGCAUGCAUGCUGCUCUGGCCAAGGAGCUCACGAAGGGUACGCCCAUGUCGGCGGCCGCGCUCAUGAAGGCCAUCCAGACCAAGAAGGACGCCGACGAGUCGAAUGGGAAGAAGCGCGAGAAGGAGCAGAGGAAGGAGACGGGCGAGGCGGGCGACAGCGACGGUUCCGAUUGCGAGCAGGAGGAGUCCGAGGAGGAUGCGCCUACGAGCGACGCUUCGGAGGAGGAGACUGUCGGCGUGGGCGGCGUCUCGGGUAUCUUGAGCUUUUUGGGGCUCCAGAAGGCGGCGGCCGCCCGGUCUGCGCGGCCGGGAACGUCGUCGGCAUCAGGCGCGGCGCCGACAGGACCUGCCGCCUCCAGGGCGGGCGUGGCAGCCAUCAGGCAGAGGGCGUCGAGGACGCAGACAACGCCGCCCUCGACUGAGGAGGCGGGCGGGCGCAGCGAGGGCCGGGAGGCGUUGAAGGCCGAGGAGGGGGGGCCCGAGGCAGGAGGGCCGUUUCUGAAGAGGCGCCCUGGGGGGCCGCCCCCCUCGGACUUCGGCAAGCUGGGGGCCAGAGACAUGCAAGCGACCUUCUUGAGAUCCAUCGAGGAUAAGGGGGCGGCUCUCACCGAGCUGGAGAAAUGCGCCACGGAGUUCGGCGCCGUGAUGGAGAAGGCGUUUGAUACCCCUGAUUGGGAGGUCACCGAUAUGCAGUCCAUGAAGAAGAAGUUCAAGGAUCUCACCACCGUCUCCGCCAGCUACCACACGGCGCACAGAAAGGCUGGUAGCGUGGCGAAGUUCCUGGCCACCAGGUCUGGCUUCAAGGCCGAGUGCCCCAGGUUUGACGAAGUCGCGAAGAUGAACGCUGCCCUGGCAGAGGUAUGCAAGCAAAUGACGUUGGAGCGCCCGAGGCUGAGACAUUUCCAAGCCUCGUUUGAAGGCUUGCGCUCCAGUGGCAUGAGCGUCCCUGGCGAAUGCAUCAUCGGGGAGCUCACCUGCCAGAUCCACGAGGCCGUGGCCUUCCAGAGGUGCGACGCCAUCAUGGGCUUCUUCGCGAAGGCGGUGACAGCGCCCGACUUGGGGGGCCAGGGGCGGAGUUCCAGGAAGGUCCAGGACUUCCUGCAGGAGCUCGAGGCAGCUUUCACGAGGCGCGAGCAAGCGAAGCAGGCAGUCGCGCAGGGGGGCUCGAAGAUCACGUUCGCCUGCUUGGACAUGCUCGAGCAGCAGGGGGACUUGAAAGCGAAAGAUGAGGAGGCCAUUGGCACCCUCAAGGAGGAUGUCGAUGUCGUCUCGAGUCUCGACGUGAGCACGGAGCGGAUGAAGACUGACUCGGAAGGCUUCUUGCACACCGUGUCAGAGGUUGAGAAGCGGGCGACGAGGUGCGAGCGGGCGAAGAAGUGUGACGCGGGGCUGAUCGAUACGCUGAAGGCGACUUGCGCGGAGAAGUGCGCGGGCGCAGCCAUCAGUGCCAUUGCCGUCUCGAUGGAGUUGGCGCUGGGCGAGUCCCUGGGCAUCGCCAACGUCCGCGAGGGCAGCCGGGCCGUGGAUGUCAAGCAAUUCCUGGACAUGGGCGCCUGGGUGCCGGACGUGUGCGCUGAGAUCAGCGCUCGCAUGACUCGCUCGGAGGGUGCGCCAUCGGCGUUGCCGGAGCAUGCUUGCGACAAGUUGGCUGAGCUGGAGACCGCCUCCUGGGCAGGGCUUGGCUUUGGCGACACAUUGAUCACCCGCUUCGAGCAGGAAGUCGCAGGGCCGAUUCAAGCCGCCCGCGUUGACGAUUUGGGCCGCUACAUGGGCGAGUUUGAGACCUUGUUCUUCUCUGUUGCCCAGAUCGUGCACGAGCCCAUUGUGCUGGAGGGCGGGAUUGAGGGGGCGGUUCGUCGCCUCGCCGGCCUCGCCGAGAACUCGAGCCGCCGCGGCCAGGCCAAAUCGUCGAUUGGGGCGGCGCAGCGGGUGCUCGACAACAUGCCCGUCCUCGCGAAGGUCCGCGCCGAUGAUCGGCUCUCCGAGUCCGAGUUGAAGAAGCUCGACGGCAUCUUGGAGGCCGUGAACAAUAUCACCGAGAGAUUCGACGUCGAUAGGGUUGGAG